AUGAAUAAGGGAUCCUAUUCUCCAUUGAGUCCAAGUGUGUGGAAAGAUUUGAGAGUUGAAAUGGAAAAGAAAUGUAGACCAUGAACAAACAAACAGCUGCUACAAUCACUCUGCAUCAAUGGAUCAACCUGUUUUCAUGGUGGCUAACCAUUUAUGUCCUACUUUCUCUCCCCUUUAAACCCUCUCCAUUUCUCCUCUCAUUAGUUUUUCCCUUCUCUGGUUCACUCUGCGUGCAGCAAACAAACAACAACAAUGGAUUCCGCUAAUAACCAUCUACUAAUCACCAUCUCCUUCUUCUCCAUCUUCCUCAUUCUGGCGCAAGCCAUAUGUCUUCCCCGAGGCACCUCGCAGCUCAUCCACUUUGCUUCCGAAUUCUCACAUCUCCCUCCAGCCUCACAGCCCUCCCCCGCAUCAGCCCCUUCCCCCGCCUCCAAUUCCCCAUUGCAGCCGCCGUCCUCUAGCCCGGCAUCCUCUCCGGUCUCCACACCGUCCAACAGCCCAGCACCCUCUUCGGACUUCACACAAUCCAACAGCCCGGCACCCUCUCCGGUCUUGAACUCGCCGUCGCCGUCGCCAGGCACGACUUCUCCGUCCGCAAAUUUCCAGCCUCUUCACGCACAAGCAGCGAACCCUGCCAUCAAGAAAAUUUGUGAUUCAACAGACUACCCAGAAAUCUGUUCCUCCACCAUUGCCCCGUUCCUUACGGGCAAAACCGAUGCGCUUUCCGUGCUCGAGACGGCGAUCAGGGCCGUCAUCACCAACGCGAGACUAGCGCUCGCUGCCUCCAAGAGCUUCCCCGCCAUCAGCGACUCCCCAGGCCUGGAGACCUGCAAUGAUAGCUACAAUGAUGCUCUGGACAACCUCUUGGAUUCCAUGGAUUCACUCGCAACCAAGGACAUCGGCACAGUCAACAGCAUGCUCAGUGCAGUAAUAACGGACAUCGAGGCCUGCAUUGAUGCUUUCUCAGGAUCAAAUUCUCCGUUCGGCAUCUUUGAUGAAAAGGUCAAGAAGAUGACUAGCAACUGCCUCGCCAUUGCUUCCUUGGUCAAGUGAUCAUCUCUUCUUCAAUUUCCUCCAUUAAUUGUUUAUUAUUAUUACCAUUAUUAUAUUUAUUUCUAGUUUGGAAGAGGGUUGGGAGGGAAGGAGUUUGGUUCAUUCCUCACUCACCAUAUCCAUCUUUGAUGUCCUUGUAUUGUUUCUUGGGUUGUUCACUCUGCGCGACAAGAACCUGACUAGGGUACUAUGAAUAAUUGAUGUGAAUUUUACAAUCAAUUUUAUCAGAUUUG